AUGAUACACUAUUCUUCUGCAGAACCAGCUCAAAAAUGUCACAACCUUACUCCAGAUCCUCUCCUUGUACGAGAAAGCUUCAGGGCAACGAAUCAACUCACAAAAAUCAGGAAUCACCUUCUCAAACCAGCCCCUCUACUAUUGAAGGAAAAAAUAAAAACGGAGUUGGGCAUUGAAAAGGAGGGUAGAGCAGGGAAAUAUCUUGAUGUCCCAGAACACUUUGGAAGAAAGAAACGAGACCUCUUUACCUCCAUUGUGGAAAAGAUAAAACAGAGGACGGCUAGCUGGUCCACAAGAUACUUAUCCCCCGCAGGGAAGAUGACUCUCCUCAAGUCUGUUCUAGAAGCCAUCUCUAACCACACUAUGCAAUGCUUUAAGCUUCCCCAAUCCCUUUGUAAAAGAAUUCAGUCGGCUUUGACUAGAUUUUGGUGGGAUCCUAAAGCUGGAGUUCAAGGAUGUCUCUUGUAUCUUGGACGACAAUGA